AUGAAGCUCUUCUGGGUCUGCGCGGUGGCCAAUGCGAUCGGGCUCUCGGUUGCCAUGGGUCUUCUGGAGACGGAGACGGCUCCGGUCAGCAUGAAUCUCUUGGAGGCCGCGGCCCUGCCGUGCCAGAGUGACAGCGAAUGCCCCGCACUCACGUGCCACAGUACCACGUGCACUACGUCGGGGUUCUGCCUGUACACGCCACUGGAACUGGGCACCAGGUGCCCGGGCGAGAGCUGCUCGAACGGCGGCGCGUGCGACGACGACGCCAAUGAUUACUGCGACCUCCGUGGCACGUGCAUCAGUGGCUUCAAAGGCUCCGAGACGGUGUGUCGUCCAGCCGAUGGCGAGUGCGAUGCGCCCGAGGGCAACUGCGUCGACAGGUUCUUGCCAUCAACGUCCGUGUGCCGCGCCUCCAAGGGUCAGUGCGACGCCAACUACCACAACAUGCACGGGAACGGGAACUGCGUCGACAUCUUUCUGCCGUCGACGACGGUGUGCAAGCCCUCCGCCGUGUACGCGCUUUCAACGUUCUGCAGCGGCAAGAGCGGGUUUUGCCCUGUCACCGCGUCGUUGUUGGAAGGCAACCUUCGCGAGAUGAUGACCGACGACCAGGCGCCGGUGCAGUCGAUGCUCAUGGCCGUGUCGCCGUCGUCGCCCAUGGUGCUUCUCGGCCUCGUCUGUGUCGUCGCUGCUGCCGUUGCCAUGGUCACGAUGCGUCAACGCCGCGACGACCUCGCGCUGGAAGACGCCACGUACAAGCUGCUAGCGACGCACGAAGACGCGUCGAUCGCCUUGUAACUUUGCCGUAUGAACUCGCCUUCCUUGCAUACUA